CUCUCUCUCUCUCUCUCUCUCUCAUAUAAAAUAACAAACAACAGCUUCUUUCUCUCUCUAAAACGACCUUUCCUUCCUCUUUCUCUGCCAUUUUCUUCCAGGCUGUUUGGCUACAGAUAACAGAUCUUAGCAGCGAAAAGCUUGAAGCGAAGAAAAGUAGCAGAAUGCGGAGCUUCACUUUCUAUGAGAGAUUUUCUAGAGCUUACCAUGACUAUCCUUCGCUCUCUAAGCUGCUCGUGCUCUUCACCGUCAGUGGUGGGGGUCUUGUGGCUUAUGCUGAGGCAAACCCAACCAAUGGUGCAUACGCCAUUUCAUCUUCUGAAUCAGAGAGCAAGAAGAAGAAAGUGGUGGUGCUUGGAACUGGUUGGGCUGGAACAAGUUUCUUGAAGAAUCUCAAAGACCCUUCAUACGAAGUGCAAGUGGUAUCACCUCGUAAUUAUUUUGCAUUUACCCCUUUGCUACCAAGUGUUACAUGUGGUACAGUGGAAGCCCGCAGCAUUGUAGAACCAAUUCGCAACAUUGUUCGUAAGAAAAAUGUGGAUGUUCGGUUCAGUGAAGCAGAGUGCUACAAGAUUGAUGCAGAAAACAAGAAAAUCUAUUGUCGAUCUGCUCAAGACCAAAAUUUGAAUGGGAUAGAAGAAUUUGUUGUGGACUAUGACUACCUUGUAAUAGCAAUUGGAGCCCGAGUUAAUACUUUCAAUACUCCUGGUGUGGAAGAGAAUUGCCAUUUCUUGAAGGAAGUUGAAGAUGCUCAAAAGAUCAGAAGAACAGUUAUUGACUGCUUUGAAAAAGCAAGCCUCCCGACUAUAAGUGAUGAAGAGAGGAAGAGAAUUCUUCAUUUUGCUAUUGUUGGUGGUGGCCCAACCGGUGUGGAGUUUGCUGCAGAACUUCAUGAUUUUGUCAAUGAGGAUUUAGUGAAAUUAUAUCCUGGGGUCAAAGACCUAGUUAAAAUCACACUUCUUGAAGCCGGAGACCAUAUUCUGAACAUGUUUGACAAAAGAAUCACCGCUUUUGCUGAAGGGAAGUUUAAAAGAGAUGGUAUUAAUGUGAAAACAGGAUCAAUGGUUGUUAAAGUAGAAGGAAAAGAAAUUUCUACUAAAGAAAUGAAAAGUGGGCAAGUUUCUACAAUGCCAUAUGGAAUGGCUGUGUGGUCAACCGGCAUUGGGACUCGUCCUGUCAUAAUGGAUUUUAUGAAGCAAAUUGGUCAGGCUAACAGGCGUGUUUUAGCAACUGAUGAAUGGCUGCGAGUUGAGGGAUGCGACAAUGUAUAUGCACUUGGUGAUUGUGCCACAAUAAAUCAGCGCAAAGUCAUGGAAGAUAUUUCAGCAAUAUUUGGUAAGGCAGACAAGGACAACUCAGGAACCCUGACAUUUAAAGAAUUUCAAGAAGUCAUUGAUGACAUCUGUGAAAGAUACCCCCAAGUGGAGCUUUACUUGAAGAAAAUGCAGAUGAGCGAUAUCACUGAUCUCUUGAAGGAAUCCACAGGGGAUGUUGCAAAAGAAUCCAUUGAACUGAAUAUUGAAGAAUUUAAAUCAGCUCUUUCCCGGGUGGAUUUUCAGAUGAAAAAUCUUCCAGCUACAGCUCAGGUUGCGGCUCAGCAAGGUAACUACCUCGCCAACUGUUUUAACCGUAUGGAAGAGUGUGAAAAAUAUCCAGAGGGUCCUCUCAGGUUCAGGGGAACAGGUCGUCAUCGGUUUCGUCCCUUUAGGUACAAGCAUCUUGGACAAUUUGCUCCUUUGGGAGGAGAGCAAACAGCAGCACAACUGCCUGGUGAUUGGGUAUCAAUUGGCCACAGCAGCCAAUGGCUUUGGUACUCAGUCUAUGCAAGCAAGCAAGUCAGCUGGCGCAACAGAGCAUUGGUGAUAUCAGACUGGGGAAGGCGUUUUAUUUUUGGGAGGGACUCAAGUGGCAUAUGAGGCAGGCAGCCAACAAAUACUGGAAUUUCCAAUUGCAAAUUGUGAUGCAUAUUCUUUUGACCAUCAUUUACAAUUUUUGACAUUUCCGAAAAUUUUGUUUCUAAAUCCUGAUUAGUUUACCUGAUCUGUUGAAUAAGUUCAUACGCAACUCUAGAUAAGUUACCCUUGGUUCAUUGAUGCGUAUUUCCUCUGUUACUAGAAUACUAGGGUAACGAGGUUUCUGAUUUUGCAGCUAGAAUGUUCUUCGACAAUCAAACUACAUGAUUAGUCACCCAUGUCAAGGGUCGAAAGCUUUGUUUUGAUCUUUAAUAUAGCAUCUUAUUUGAAAAUAAGAGUUUUUUU